AUGUGUUGGUUUUGGCGGACAAAUAAAGAUAUCAAAUGGCUUGCUUCUUGCUUUCUGGACUCCUUGGCAACGCUGAAUUACCCUGCAUGGGGAUAUGGACUUAGAUACAAGUAUGGUUUAUUCAAACAGCUUAUAACAAAGGAUGGUCAGGAGGAAGUUGCUGAAAGCUGGCUUGAGAUUUGCUACAUUUUGUACCCCGGGGAUGAAUCAGUAGAAGGAAAGAGACUACGACCUAAGCAACAACAUACAUUAAGCUCUGCCUCUCUCCAGUAUAUUAUUGCACGCUUUGAAAAGAGAUCAGGGAAGACAGUAAAUUGGGACACUCCCAGAAAAAGUGGUUGUACAAAUGAAUGAUACUCACCCAACACUUAGGAUAUUGAUGAAUGUAAAGGGUUUAAGCUGGGAGAAAGCCUGGAAUAUUACUAAA